CUUUGUUGAGCGCGCAUUCGAAACUUUGAAAACGAAAAACGAUAUUCUCUAUACAUCAGUCGGCGCUGAGUUGUUUGUUUGGUGAAGUGUAGUGAGUGUUGUUGAGAAAUUCUUUAUUAUCAAGGAAAAAAUUUAGUAAAAAUGAAUCAAUUUGAGGAAAUUAGCACCGGAUUUCAUGAUAUCUUUCUAAAUAAAUUUGCGGAUUCAUCCGGUCCGAUUUUGGAUUUUUAUGUGUCAGAUUCAAUGCAGGAUAUGCUCGACAUAGACAUACGAUCGGAGGUAGCGACAGUGGUGGGCGGCGUGAGUGAAUUUACAUCGCUAAUGAAUGAUUUGCCGUCCCUCGACUUGGAAUCAAAUUCAAAUGACGGAGACAUUUUAUGGUCAUCGGGACAGAAAUGGCCGACCACAAAUGACAUAUAUGCGGAUGUUGGUGCUUGCAUCAAUCCGAAUUCGGUUCAUACCAUAGCACCAGUAACACAAUCGUCAAUACUGAUGUCGCCGAAAGCUCAAUUAAAUCUAAAUACACACAAUUAUCAUUCGAACAAUUCUCCGCUGCCAAGUCCGAAAGAAAAGAAAAGUCAUUUAACCUUUUCGCCCAACACAAUCAAAGUUCCAGUCGUCCAGGAAAAUAAGAAACAAUCGCUGCUGUGCCAGCCACAACGUACCAGUGUAGAAGCUAUCAAAAAAGAUCUCACCGACGAUCUGCGGGAUGAGAAGGUAGUGAAACUAACACAUUCGAUGACAGUGAAUGGUCAAACCAAUGGACACAAUACAAUAAAACUGGCAGCUGGCAUUGGAGGCCUAUCAUUUGCAAACAGUCAAAUGUACGCAAAGCUCAAACAGAAUAACAGUAAAAUUGUGGCAAACGGAAACAUAACGCACUUGAAGCGCGAGUCUAGUCCACUAAACAAUUCCAGUAUGAUCGGCAACAACGGUUCGUUGAAUGGCCAUUCCAAUGGACAGAAAAUGUUUGCGCGAAGUAUAAGCGUACAAAAUGGCAAAUCGCACAUAUCCACGCAGCAUAUUCUUCCAUCGAACAGCUUGAGCCAUCACAACGGUGUGAACAAGCAAAUGAAACCGAAAAUAACCGGCCAAGAAUUUCCAAAGCCGGCGUAUUCGUACUCCUGUCUAAUUGCAAUGGCAUUGAAGAAUUCGCGGGCCGGCUCGCUACCCGUGUCCGAAAUUUACAGCUUUAUGUGUGAGCAUUUCCCAUACUUCAAGACGGCACCGAACGGUUGGAAGAAUAGCGUGAGGCACAAUUUGUCGCUGAACAAAUGUUUCGAGAAAAUCGAGAAGCCCGUCACGAACGGCGGCCAGCGGAAGGGUUGCCUAUGGGCGAUGAAUCCGUCGAAAAUAACGAAAAUGGACGAAGAGAUUCAGAAAUGGUCGCGAAAGGAUCCGAUGGCCAUUCGCAAGGCAAUGGUGUUUCCGGACAAUUUGGAACUGUUGGAAAAAGGUGAAAUGAAACAUGGCAGUACGGGAGACAGUGAGGGUGAAAAUGAGGUCGGCGAUGAGGAUACCGAAACGAAUACCGAUUCGGAACAGGACGUGACGGAAUUGGACGAUACCAUACAGAAUACAACCGAACCGGAAUCAUGCGACGAAGAUGACAGGCCUCAAAUCGACUACGAUAUCGAGGUUACUGAUUUAUACGAUGACAUUGACUUAAAUGAUGCUAAUCAAAAGGACCUAUUGUCGCCCGAAGACAUUCAUCCAGCUAAACGAGCCCGUCUGGAUAUCAACUAUUCGAUCGGACCGGCGGGCACAUUUCAAUCGCUAAAUGGAUCUCAACAACCUCAACAGAAUCGUCGCAAAAUGACACUUGUGAAUCGAAUAGUUUUUUUGAAUCGAUCACACUCGGCCAACGGAAAUUUAUCAAUAAAAUGAAAUCAAAAUGACGUCAAGGAUUCGAUGGGAUCAUAACAGAAAAAGAGGAAGCGUUGUCUGUGUGGAACAGUAAACAGCCUAGUCGUUAACUAGGCUAUUUUUCAGGUCGGAACUUCUUGUAAGUUUCGUGAUGGUACUUCAAACAAAAUAAAAAAACUUUUCGUUUCGUUGCCCUCUACGUAGUUGAUUCUGUUAAAUUGCAAAAUCGUAUACUAAAUAUCCCCAAAAACAUUAAUUGUAAGAAUAUUCCGUUCUGUCUGUUCGUAAUGAAGAGUUCGUUUGAACUAACCGAAAAAUAAAAUGUUUUUAAUCAAAAUCGA